AAGAACUCUUAUAUUUCGUCUUCAUCAGCUGAAUUAAGUUCUCUCAGCCUGAAUUUCAUCGGAGCUCCGACCAGUUUCCGCCGCAGCUAAAGGCUCAAGGAAAGCACUGUUUUAUGCGUUUGCUGUGGCACAUAAGAGACAAUUCUCUAGCUUUGCCCUGUCCAAUUUCACAUUAAAAUGCGUGAAUAUUCAGAUAGUGAAAAUUCUUCAAAGCCUGAAGGUGUGAGUGGAAUCAUGCCUAAAGUUGAAGAUCCAUAUUGCGAGUUUCCAUCUGUAUACACAUAUACAACGCCUAUGGGGGACAAUAUUGCAAGCUCAUCAGGCAGCAAUGUGAGGUCAUCUCUUCUGACCAUGGGUUUUAAGGCAUCACUUGUUGAUAAAGCAAUUGAGGAAAAGGGUGAAGACAACAUGGACUUGUUACUGGAGACUCUUUUUGCAAAUUCUGAUCCUCCUAGAGCAGAAUCAUCAGAUUCUCUGGAUAGCUUGUUUUGUGAUGACGAGGACAUAAACAGUUCUGCCAAGUAUGAUGGAGAUGCACAUAUAAAAGAGGAGCCUGAUCCCUGUAUUGGAGUUUGUGAUGACAAGAGAGUUUCUUUGUUGGCGAUGAGUUUCUCUUUGGACGAAGUUGAAUUUGCAAUUAGUAAACUUGGUGAAGCUGCUCCUGUCCACGAACUAGUGGAUGUAAUCUUUGCAGCUCGAAUCGCUGGGAAUUACAAAAAAGAUGAUGACGAUGAUGUUUCUGUUGUUGAGAUGAAAGAAAGGAACAAGGAAUGCACAACUGAGUCUCUGUUUGGAACCAUGGAGAAGACAUUGAAAUUGCUUGAAAUGGGUUUCUCUGAGAAUGAAGUUUCCACAGUUAUUGAGAAGUUUGGUUCUGAAGUUCCUCUCGAAGAGCUUGCAAAUUUGAUUAUAGAUCCUAGUAGUAGUAGAAGAAUGGACAAGCAUCUCUUAAACUCUCUUGGCAGGAAUGGUUCAAUUGUUUUUCAUCCGGUAGCUGUUAAGAAAGAGGAAUAUAGUCUGGAUACCUCUGAAUCUAGAGAACUUGACCUACUGGAAAAGCUUAAAGGGAAACGGCCAAAGGAGAACUACAUUGAUGAGAUAGACACUAAGAGACCGAAAUCAGAGUAUGAUGAAGCCUUUAACAAUUCCCUUGGCCCUGCGUGGCAAGAAAUAUUAGGCCUCAAUACCACCAGGCCUUAUAAAGUCCAUCGAAGAGCGAUUCACCAAAGAUCAAGAGUUCUGGAUUGCCAAGAAACACAGAAAUUAUCUAUGCCGAAUUCAUGUAGGAGCCUUGAUAAGAUGGUGGCUAAAGCUCCCUAUUUCUUUUAUGGGAAUGUAAUGAACUUAUCUCAUGACUCUUGGGUAAGAAUAUCACAGUUUUUGUAUGCCAUUGAGCCAGAAUUUGUUCAUACUCAACUUUUCUCAGCUCUGAGUCGUAAAGAAGGUUAUGUACAUAAUCUUCCUACUGAAAAUCGAUUUCACAUUGUUCCGAAACCACCAAUGACAAUUCAAGAAGCAGUUCCCAGUAGUAAAAAAUGGUGGCCAUCAUGGGAUACAAGGAAACAUUUGAACGGCAUCAAUUCUGAGACAUCUGUUAUAUCUCAGCUAUGUGAUAGGCUUGAAAAAACAGUUAGUGAUUCCCAGGGGUUUCCUUCAGUUGACAGACAGAGAGAUAUCCUCAACCAGUCCCAGAUAUUUAAUCUAGUCUGGGUAGGCCGCUACAAAUUGGCAGCUGUAGGGCCAGAACAAAUAGAACGUAUUCUUGGCUACCCAGAAAAUCACACUCGAAUUGCUGCAUUUAGCUUGAUGGAAAGACUUCUAUCACUGAAACAUUGCUUCCAGAUAGAUACAUUGGCUUAUUGUCUCUCUGGAUUGAAGCAUCUGUACCCUGGAGGGUUGACUGUGUUGUCAAUAUAUAGCGGAAUUGGUGGAGCAGAAGUUGCGUUGCAUCGCCUUGGUAUUCGCUUAAAAGCUGUUGUUUCAAUAGAGGCUUCUGAGAAAAACCGGAGAAUUCUCAAGCAAUGGUGGAGUAGUUCAGGACAAACAGGAGAACUCGUGCAGAUGGAAGACAUCCACAAGUUGGCCAGUAACAAGGUAGAGGUCUUGAUUAAGAACUUUGGUUGUUUUGAUUUCAUCAUAUGCCAGAACCCAUGUACAUACUCUUCUAAAGGUAAUUUAGCUGCAGAUAUCGAUAGUCAUGCAAGUUUAGAUUUCAUGUUGUUUCAUGAGUUUGUUCGUGUCCUGCAACGUGUAAGAAGUACAAUGGGGCAGAAUUAGCGAGUUCCUUAGCUUUAAUGCGUAGGCACUUAGUGAACUGAGCUUAAUGUUAUGUUGUCCUGGAUUAUGACUUCUACAGUUCUACUUUGUAAUAUAUGAAGCUUAAAUUGUGAA